AUGCAAUUGAAAGAUUUCUUUCUCAAUACAACCGUCGAACAAUUCUAUCAAUCAACUCUGUAUAACUUUAGUCUUGUCAAAGAUUAUUACUUUUCGCGCUCAUCUGAUUCCAAUCUUAUUUUCAAUGAUCAAACAGGCCGACUUCAGUUCAUUCCAAGCGGAACCUCCGAAAUCAAUGCAACAAAGAUCACAUGCUUCUGUGCUAUAAAUCCGGAUUGCCGAAGCUCAACUGUACUAUAUAGAAGCAAUCCAAAUUCGUACGGAUAUUUCACCACCGAUUCCAUUGUUUCACUGGUCGGUUUGGUUCGAGGAUGUCUGCAUAUUGACUCGCUGCUAAUUUCAACAUUGCAGUGUUUUUAUGUGAGUUCACGUUGUUUUCCGACUUUCUUAGCAUUUUCAAAGCCAAUGCAUGCUGGAAUUAUGCAACUAGAGUCGUCAUCGCUUCGCAUACAGCCUAUGGCUUAUGAUCCAACAGUUCAUCCCUUUUCUCCCAAUCCUUCAGUUUUGACGAUCGUCAAAAAACUUAUGAUUGAAAAUUGGUAUGUUUCUUUAUCUUAUGAACACUUCUAUGAAACUUGUGCACCAACGUACUGCUCUUAUUUAAAAAAGAUUCGCAAUCAGACACUUGUGGGAUUAUUUAUAAAAUUAGUGUCAAUCAUUACUGGUAUGGUUUCUGUCUUACGCAUUGUAGCACCUCAACUCGUUGGUUUCAUGCGAAAGCUACGAAAAAUAUGCGACAGAAAGCCAAAACAAACACAACCAAUUCGUUGUAGUACUAGCGACCAGUUAAAGAUAGCAAUACAGAAUCUAAAGAAGCUGAUACGCACUACAAUUGUCGAAUUAUAUAUAUUCGGAUUACGUGAUACUGGGAGCACUGUUGAUCGCCUUACGGCAAAGCGUUAUGGUUAA